AUGUCCACGAAGACAUUCACCCGCGACGAAGUCGCAAAACACAACACCGAAGAUUCCGUCUGGUGCAUCAUCGACCAUCGCGUCUAUGAUCUUACAGAUUUCCUCGAUGCGCAUCCCGGUGGAAGCGUGGUUCUGGCCCAAAUAGCCGGCAAGGACGCCACGACUGAAUUCUACAAUCUGCAUCGACAGGAGGUGCUGCAAAAGUACAAGGAUUCACUCUGCAUCGGGACCGUGGAGGGUGAGAAGCCCGAGGUGAUCGAGCCUGAGCUGGGAGGUCUCAGCCCUGUUCCCUAUGCGGAGCCGUUGUGGCUGCGUCCCGAGUUCAAGAGCCCCUACUACACGGAGAGCCAUCGCAGAUUGCAGAGGGCAAUUCGCGAGUUCACGGAGAAAUAUAUUUCUCCCGAGGCGCAUGAGAAGGAGAGGGAUGGCUCAUAUAUUAGUCAGGGGUUGAUUGAUCGGAUGGCGGAGACGAAUAUCUUGGCUAUGCGUUUGGGACCGGGAAAACACCUGCAUGGAAGGAAGCUUCUCGGGGGCGUCGUGGAUGGGAAGGAGUUUGAUUAUUUCCAUGACCUGAUCGUUGCGCAGGAAGUGACAAGGAUUAAUGGCAGAGGAUUUGUCGAUGGAAAUAUGGCGGGCAUGGUUAUCAGCUUGACGGCCGUUCGGCAGUGGCUGCGAAAUGACUCGCUUAAAGAGAAAAUCAGCGAAGAAGUCCUAUCUGGAAAGAAAAAGAUCUGUCUGGCUAUUACAGAGGCAUUUGCGGGCAGUGAUGUUGCGGGUCUGCGCACAACAGCUACGAAAACACCUGAUGGGAAAUACUAUGUCAUCAACGGGACCAAAAAGUGGAUCACAAAUGGCAUGUUUGCCGACUAUUUUGUCACCGGUUGCCGUACAGAAAAGGGCUUCUCCGUGAUACUGAUACCCCGUGAUGAUACUGUUGACACGACCCAGAUCAAAACCUCAUACUCUACUGCCGCAGGAACGGCGUUCGUGCAGUUCGACAACACCAAGGUCCCUGUCGAGAAUCUGUUGGGCGAGGAACACAAGGGUUUUAUUGUGAUCAUGAGCAACUUCAACCACGAGCGAUUUAUGAUGGCUUGCGGCUCUAUCCGUGCAGCCAGAACCGUUGUCGAAGAAUGCUUGAAGUGGUGCAACCAGCGUAUCGUCUUCGGCAAGAAGUUGAUCGAACAGCCCGUUAUUCGGCAGAAGCUCGCGCGGAUGAUUUCCCUCUGCGAAUCCAACCAAGCAUGGCUCGAGGCUAUUACCUAUCAGAUGUGCAAUAUGACCUACGCCGAACAGGCCCUCCACCUAGGCGGCCCUAUCGGCCUCCUCAAAUCCCACAUUACUCGCGCUGCCCAGGAGAUCGCCGAUCAAGCGACAAAUAUCUUUGGCGGUCGCGGAAUUACUCAGACUGGCAUGGGCAAGGCUAUCGAAAUGUUCAACCGGACUUACAAAUUUGAUGCUAUCCUCGGUGGUACAGAGGAGAUUCUUGCGGAUCUUGGAGUGAGACAGGCCUACAAGAGAUUCCCAAAGGCUAUGCUAUAG